AAAGGCUUUUGAGAUUCCCCCAUCAACCAAAUUCAGCGACACUGGCCCGCCACUCCCACAUCCUGCGCAUCUCAAGACCCUCUUCUGUCUUCUCAAUAGAGUCGUUGCAGUUCUGCUGAAGCUGUCACCGGAUGCUCACGGGGUGCUCCAGGCGCCAGGUCCCGUACUGACCGCCCUGACUUUGCCGUCGCCGCUGGAUCAUUCAGCUCGGUUCUUCAACCUCGAGGCAGCCGUCGCUCCGAACGAGACCCCAUCUGAAACGCGCAAAUACCCAGGUGGCUUCCACCAGCACCUCCACAAACCAUUUCCGACAUCCAUCACCGCCCAACAGACAUCAUGGCCGAUUACGAAGACGAGUCCGACUACGAUAAUUAUGGUGACGAGGAGGAGGGCAUCACCCCCGAGGACUGCUGGACCGUCAUCUCGUCCUUCUUCGAGACCAAGGGACUAGCAUCGCAGCAAACCGACUCCUUUGACGAGUUUACCCAAACAACCAUACAGGAUCUCGUGAACGAGUACUCCGUCAUAUCUCUAGACCAACCUAACCCCCCCUCGCCACCGGGCCAGACCAUCGCUUUGCGCCGAUAUGAGAUCAAAUUCGGCAGCGUCAUGGUCUCGCGACCAACAAUCAGCGAGACGGACGGAACUGUUACAUCGCUGCUGCCAUACGAGUGCCGUGAUCGCAACCUCACAUACGCCAGUCCCCUUUACAUAAAGAUCACAAAGAAGGUUUCUGUUGCUGUCGAGAAGGAGGUUCCUCUACAUGAGAUGGACGACGCUCAGCGUGCCGAGUAUGCCAAAACUGGUGAUAACCCUACCAAGCUGGUGUGGGAGCUGGAAGAGUCUGGUGACGAUGAUUCUGGCAAGACCGGCGACGACUGGAAGGAUAUGGUUUUCGUCGGCAAGCUGCCCAUCAUGGUCAAGUCGAAGAUUUGCCACUUGAGCCGCGAGCAUGACGACAACCUCUUCCUCGUCAAUGAGUGUCCUUAUGAUCAGGGCGGUUACUUCGUCAUCAACGGCAGCGAGAAGGUCCUCAUCGCCCAGGAGCGAUCUGCUGCCAACAUUGUCCAGGUCUUCAAAAAGGCCCAGCCCAGUCCUUACACCUACACUGCUGAGAUCAGGAGUGCCCUCGAAAAGGGUUCUCGCCUCAUCUCUAGUCUCAUGCUGAAGCUGUAUGGCAAGGGAGACUCAGCUCGAGGAGGGUUUGGACAGACCAUCCACACCUCUCUCCCCUUCGUCAAGUCAGAUCUUCCUGUUGCCAUCGUCUUCCGUGCGUUGGGGGUUGUUUCUGAUGAGGACAUUCUCAACCACAUCUGCUAUGACCGCAAGGACAGCCAAAUGCUCGAAAUGCUGCGCCCUUGUAUCGAGGAAGCUUUUUGUGUGCAAGAUCGAGAGGUCGCCCUUGACUUCAUUGGCAAGCGAGGAAACCGUGACCAGGCAGGUCUCGGCCGUGAGAAGCGUGUGCGCGUUGCCAAGGACAUCCUUCAAAAGGAGACGUUGCCGCACAUUUCUCAGUCGGAGGGCAGCGAGACCAGGAAGGCCUUCUUCUUGGGUUAUAUGGUUCACAAACUUCUACAGUGCGCUCUUGGACGGCGUGAACCUGACGAUCGCGAUCAUUUUGGCAAGAAGCGCCUGGAUCUCGCUGGCCCUCUUCUGGCCAAGCUAUUUCGUGGCAUCAUGCGUAGGGUGAACACUGAACUUUCCAACUACCUGAAGCGAUGCGUUGAGGGCAACCGACACUUCAACUUGGCCGUCGGAAUCAAGCCGGGCACCUUGUCCAACGGCUUGAAGUACUCCCUAGCAACGGGCAACUGGGGAGACCAGAAAAAGGCCGCGAGCUCGACCGCUGGUGUCUCUCAGGUGUUGAACCGCUACACCUUUGCCUCCACUUUGUCCCAUCUCCGACGAACCAACACCCCUAUCGGACGAGAUGGUAAGCUGGCCAAGCCACGCCAGUUGCACAAUACCCAUUGGGGCUUGGUCUGUCCCGCAGAGACACCUGAGGGUCAGGCUUGUGGUCUGGUCAAGAAUUUGUCGUUGAUGUGCUACGUCAGUGUCGGUUCCCCAUCCGAGCCUUUGAUUGAAUUUAUGAUCAACCGAGGCAUGGAAGUGGUUGAGGAGUACGAGCCAUUGAGAUACCCGCACGCUACCAAAAUUUUCGUCAAUGGAACCUGGGUUGGCGUUCACCAGGACCCGAAGCACCUUGUCAGUCAGGUGUUGGACACGCGUCGAAAGUCGUAUUUGCAGUAUGAGGUAUCGCUUGUCCGGGAUAUCCGCGACCGAGAGUUCAAGGUUUUCUCCGAUGCUGGGCGAGUAAUGAGACCCGUCUUCACGGUGCAGCAAGAGGACGACCAUGACACAGGCAUUGCAAAGGGAUCGCUGGUGCUGACCAAGGAGCUUGUCAACAAGCUCGCCAAGGAGCAAGCCGAACCAUCGGAUGAUCCUGCAUCCAAGAUUGGUUGGGAGGGGCUUAUCCGAGCGGGAGCCAUCGAGUAUUUGGAUGCCGAAGAAGAAGAGACAGCCAUGAUCUGCAUGACACCUGAGGAUCUUGAUCUCUACCGUCUACAAAAGGCAGGCAUUGCUAUGGAAGAUGAUAUGGGCGACAAUCCAAACGGAAGAUUGAAGACAAAAACGAACCCAACGACUCACAUGUACACCCACUGUGAGAUUCAUCCCAGCAUGAUUCUUGGUAUUUGCGCCAGCAUCAUUCCCUUUCCCGAUCACAAUCAGUCACCUCGUAACACAUACCAAUCUGCCAUGGGUAAACAAGCCAUGGGCUUUUUCCUAACGAACUACUCUCGGCGUAUGGAUACCAUGGCCAACAUUCUUUACUAUCCCCAGAAGCCCUUGGCGACGACACGAUCCAUGGAGUUCCUCAAGUUCCGUGAGCUUCCCGCCGGUCAGAAUGCCAUUGUAGCCAUUGCUUGCUACUCGGGUUACAACCAGGAAGAUUCCGUCAUUAUGAACCAGAGCAGUAUCGAUCGUGGCCUGUUCCGCAGUCUGUUCUUCCGAUCAUACUCGGACCAAGAGAAGAAGGUCGGUUUGAAUUACACUGAAGUGUUCGAAAAACCGUUCCAGCAGUCGACACUUCGCAUGAAGCACGGAACCUAUGACAAGCUCGACGAGGACGGUAUUGUGGCGCCAGGUGUUCGAGUGUCUGGUGAGGACAUCAUCAUUGGCAAGACGGCGCCAAUUGAUCAGGAAAACCAGGAUUUGGGCACGCGUACCACUGUCCAUCAACGGCGAGACAUUUCAACACCGCUGAGGAGCACUGAGAACGGCAUUGUGGACCAGGUCAUCAUGACGGUUAAUGCUGACAACGUCAAAUAUGUCAAGGUUCGAGUGAGAACGACCAAGAUUCCCCAGAUUGGUGACAAGUUUGCCUCUCGCCAUGGACAGAAGGGUACCAUUGGUGUGACAUACCGACAGGAGGACAUGCCGUUUUCACGAGAAGGCGUGACGCCCGAUAUCAUCAUCAACCCUCACGCCAUUCCUUCCCGAAUGACAAUUGCUCAUUUGAUCGAAUGCUUGCUGAGCAAGGUUUCAACCCUCGAGGGCAUGGAGGGCGACGCGACUCCGUUCACGGACGUUACAGUUGACUCGGUGUCGGAGUUGCUCCGAAAGCACGGCUACCAGUCGCGCGGUUUCGAAAUUAUGUACAACGGACAUACCGGCCGCAAACUCCGAGCGCAGUGUUUCUUCGGCCCUACUUACUACCAGCGACUGCGUCACAUGGUCGACGACAAGAUCCACGCGCGAGCGAGAGGACCUGUGCAGAUUAUGACGAGACAGCCUGUGGAGGGUCGUGCUCGAGAUGGUGGUCUGCGGUUCGGAGAAAUGGAGCGUGAUUGCAUGAUUGCUCACGGAGCGGCGGCGUUCCUGAAGGAGCGUUUGUUCGAAGUAUCUGACGCUUUCCGAGUCCACGUCUGCGAGAUUUGUGGACUCAUGACGCCAAUUGCAAACUUGUCCAAGCAGUCAUUCGAAUGCCGGCCAUGCAAGAACAAGACUAAGAUUGCGCAAAUCCAUAUCCCCUAUGCCGCGAAGCUUCUGUUCCAGGAGUUGCAGGCCAUGAAUAUCGCGGCAAGAAUGUUUACGAGCCGGUCGGGCGUUUCGAUUCGGUAGACGUGAUUGGAAGGGACGUAUGGGUAGCGUUGAAUCGGAGCAGUGGGAGGAAAAGAUGAGACAAGGAGAUGAUAUGGCAAUCAGGCGAGGGCCAGGGACAAAAAGAGGAGCCACUCGAGGCCUGGCCGUUGUGGUUGUAAUGUAGAGCAAGGGGGCAAGAUUGGCGUGUACAAAAUCGGCACAGCGGCGGGAGUAGGAUAGUAGAACAUGAAAUGCAUUUACGA